CAUCCCGGCCUUCGGGCGGCCCCGGCCAGCGCCUUCGGGCGGGCUCGGCGGAGUCCGGAUGGAGGACUCGGACUCCGCCGCCAAGCAGCUGGGCCUGGCCGAGGCGGCGGCGGUGGCGGCCGCGGCCGCUGUGGCGGCGGCGGCCGCGGCCGCGGCGGGAACUGAGGCCGAGGAGCCGGUGCUCAGCAGGGACGAGGACUCGGAGGAGGACGGGGACUCGGAGGCGGAGCGCGAGACGCGGCGGGUGACGGCUGUGGCGGUGAUGGCCGCUGAGCCCAGGCACAUGGACAUGGGCACCGAGGCCCUUCCCGGCCCCGACGAGGCUGCUGCGGCCGCCGCCUUUGCAGAGGUGACCACAGUGACGGUGGCCAACGUGGGCGCCUCGGCCGACAACGUCUUCACCACGUCGGUGGCCAACGCCGCCUCGCUCUCGGGACACGUUCUGUCCGGCAGGACGGCCCUGCAGAUCGGGGACACCCUGAACACCGAGAAGGCCACGCUGAUCGUCGUGCACACGGAUGGCAGCAUCGUGGAGACCGCGGGGCUGAAGGGGCCGGCCGCGCCGCUCACCCCAGGUCCUCAGUCUCCUCCGGCGCCCCUGGCUCCCGGCCAAGAGAAGGCGGGGAGCAAGUACAACUGGGACCCGUCGGUGUACGACAGCGAGCUGCCCGUGCGCUGCCGGAACAUCAGCGGCACGUUGUACAAGAGCAGGCUGGGCUCAGGAGGCCGGGGCCGAUGCAUCAAGCAGGGGGAGAACUGGUACAGCCCCACGGAGUUCGAAGCCAUGGCCGGGAGAGCCAGCAGCAAGGACUGGAAGCGGAGCAUCCGCUACGCCGGCCGGCCGCUGCAGUGCCUCAUCCAGGACGGGAUCCUGAACCCGCACGCCGCCUCCUGCACCUGCGCCGCCUGCUGCGACGACAUGACCUUGAGCGGCCCUGUCCGGCUCUUCGUCCCCUACAAGCGGCGCAAGAAGGAGAAUGAGCUGCCUGCAGCCCCAGGGAAGAAGGAGGCCACCAAGAACAUCACGCUGCUGCCGGCCACCGCCGCCACCACCUUCACUGUGACCCCCUCAGGACAGAUCACUACCUCUGGCGCCCUGACCUUCGACCGGGCGUCCACUGUGGAAGCCACCGCGGUCAUCUCGGAGAGUCCGGCCCAGGGCGACGUCUUUGCGGGAGCCACAGUGCAAGAAGCCGGCGUGCAGCCGCCGUGCAGGGUCGGCCACGCGGAGCCCCACUACCCCGGCUACCAGGACAGCUGUCAGGUCGCGCCCUUUCCGGAAGCUGCGCUGCCCACGGCUCAUCCCAAACUAGUGCUGACCUCCCUGCCGGCCCUGGCGGUCCCACCCUCCAACCCCGCCAAAGCCGUUUCCCCCGCGGUGGUCAACGGGCUAGAGAUGUCGGAGCCGCGGAGCUGGCUGUACCUGGAAGAGAUGGUCAACUCCCUGCUCAGCACGGCCCAGCAGCUGAAGACGCUGUUUGAACAAGCCAAGCAGGCCAGCUCCUACCGAGAGGCCGCCGCGGCGCAGGCCAGGGUGCAGGCGGACAGCGAGCGGAAGGAGCAGUCCUGCGCCAACUGCGGCCGGGAGGCCCUGAGCGAGUGCACCGGCUGCCACAAAGUGAACUACUGCUCCACCUUCUGCCAGCGCAAGGACUGGAAGGACCACCAGCACAUAUGCGGCCAGGCGGCAGCCGUCACCGUUCAGGGGGACGAAGUCCACGUGGCCGAGAGCGUGAUAGAGAAGGUCGCCGUGUGAGGGCCCGCGGGUCCCCUCUGCGGCGCUGCGGGCCGUCGCGGGCCCAGGACCCCUGGGCGGCUGCGGGGGACGCGGAGAAGGCGAAGAAACUUGCUGGCCAAGUUACGAACAGACUUGCAGCGGCCCGCGCCCCUGGAGAGAGCCGCCCCUGCCCGGCCCGGGAGGUGGCGCCAGGGGCGCCGGGCGCCGCACGGUGCUCUUUCACUCUUGGAUCACGAGGGUCCGGCCUUACCCACGGGUGUGUUGUGUUUGUAACACGCGUGUACAUACAUGUGUCUCAAUAAAGUCAGUGUCCCUGC